AUGAAGCGUGAGGUCUCUCGGACGGAAAAAAGGUUCAAGAUUGCGAUUAUAUGUUUUUGGGUCGUCGACAUCGUUCUAGAGAAGAAAGUCCUGAAUGGAUUUGUGAAAGCAGAUGUCGUCAAGUAAGUGUUUGUAUACAUGUAUUUGUGGCGGGAUUUUUUGACCCUUAAGGCUUAAACCUUUCCACAACUACAGUUUACGCUCGGUCUGCAUUUUACCCCAGCCUGCAUUUUACUCUUAGUCUGCAGUCUGCAUUUUGCACACAGUCUGCAUUUUACCCCUGGUCCGCAGUCUGCAGUCUGCAGUCUGCAGUCUGCGUUUUACACUGACCGGUUUAUAAUACUUGACCUUAUCAUGGAGCUGAUCUAAACCAUUCAAUUAAAGUCAACAUUCCAGCUAGCAGGACAAAGAUUCUAUUGUUAAACAGUCUCCCUUAACUUCCAACAGCCUUAAUCUGACUUAUUCAUUUUGCAAUAUUUUUACAUCACUUACCAUUAAUUCUCGUUUGUAACAACCAAAACCAAGUAAAGACCAGCAGAAAAUUGGAGAGCCGCAGUUCUUUCUUGAUCAUACUUAACCGACUAAAAAUAACACUCGAAGCUGCAUUUUUUUAAACUUAUUUCGCGAUGCUACUAGAACACAAGUCGAAUAUGGCUUCUUGUAACUUUUUCACCGACCACUAUGUUAUUUCUGUGUAAAUUUCACGCUAAAAUUUUAAAACUCCAACGCACUCGAGUUCAAAAGGGUAAUAACUUGCUACAGUUCGCCAUUUUGUUUAGCUUGGUAGCCGUGCCUUUUCUCGUGAAAAUGCGCACGCACUAACUGAAAAGGGGAGGUGGACAGACUGCAAAUAAAUAUCCCAGAGCCAGAUCGUGAUAAUAAUAAUAAUAAUAAUAAUAAUAAUAAUAAUAAUAAUAAUAAUGGGUGCAUUGGGUUCAGCGUCAAAGAAGCUGGCAGGCCACUUGGAGCAACUAGGAAUUGACCGAACAAGAACGAUGCAAACUGUCGGCACUCCUCGGAUAGGCACAUAUCCUCAGAAAGGUGCUGGAAGUCUGAGGUCUGGGGAUGAGACUUGACUGGAUAUUUCUCCCCAGGGAAAAUCCCUGUGCUAAAUUUUACAUAAUAAUAAUAAUAAUAAUAAUAAUAAUAAUAAUAAUAAUAAUAAUAAUAAUAAUAAUAAUAAUAAUGUUUAUCAGUAGGAUACCUAUAAUGCAAUGUUUCAAUUGGUUACGGUUCAAUAUUAAAUCGUAUAUCAAAGUAGAGAUAAAACACGCUAAAUAACCAACUAAAGCUACGUGCAAACGGAUGUUACAGCUCCCAACAAUGUUGAUCAUUGUUAGCCCAACAAUGUCGGAAAUUCUUGCAUCCAUUUGCACGCAUAGCUAAACGUUUAACCUGUUUUAAACUGUGCACAAUAACAUGCAAUGACAUGCAACAAAGUGUGCAAACGGACGCAACAUGUAACAUCCAACAAUGUUGGGAGUUGUUGGCCAACAAUUUUGCGUCCGUUUGCACCGGGCUUUAAACACAGGUACGUUCAGUUACAAAUUAAAUAAAUAAAUAAAUAAAUAAAUAAAUAAAUAAGGCACGCACACUAUUAAAUUGCGCCCGAACGUUUUUAUUACAUCAGUUGGUCCUAUUUUUCAUCGUCUGGCCGUAAGGAUCUGUUUACUUUUUUUUUUUCCUCUUUUUAAUGUAAUUCCCUUUCAGUCCGCUAUCCGCCCGGCCGAGCCGGCGACGUUUUAGCAAGAUUUCAUUAACAAUUUUUCCUUGAACAGAUCAGAAAACUUACUGGAUUUUCCUCAUGUGAGUGCCGUUAGUCAAAAACUGACGUGCUUGAGGGCGAUACGUGCCAGUAUUAAUAUAUUGCUCUCAAAGGUCAGUAGUUUUUCAGCGAAAAGCCAAAGGCUAAUUGAUCGGAUUUAUGGCUGACUUUUGAGGAAUUUAGUUUCAUUCCCCCCUGUAAAAUAGCCAAAAUUUAAUCAAGACUGGAAAAAAAAAAUACGACGGUGAAGAUAUUUAUUCUUGAAUGCCAAGCUCAAAAACGGAAAAUAAAAUUUAGGACACUUUUUGCAAUAUCGAUCGUUCAGACAAUGGAAGCAUCAUUCUAACUUCACGAACAAGUUUCUUUAUAUUUCAAAAAAGCGCCUCUUGCAAGGCCCAUGACUUUGAUUAUGACGCCCUAGCUUUUACUUUGUUACAGUCUAAUUCGUGUUUAAAUUUGAUUGCUUUUUGUCUCGUGUUUCUGUGUCAUGUUUGAAUAUUAUUCGCUGGUUGUUGUUUGUCCCGUGCGUAUUUCCCUGCGGUUUCUCUUCCGCUUCUGUAAAGGUCAAGCGGUGUAGGCCUCUUAUAAUACUGAUCCCAUGUCGUUAUCAUUCCUGAGGUUAACAGGUCUCAACAGAAAUCUUGCGAUAUUUUGAAAGAAAAAGUGAGUUAUCAAUCCCGGGGGAAUUCCCUUGGAAUUGUCAAGAGUGUUCGCCGAACCUUUUACGGGAAAAAAAUUAGCCUGUGCACAGCCGUCCUCCCCCUCCGAAGAGAGGCCCGAUUUUGUUUGAGGGGAGGGGUGGAAGUACACAUGCUAGAUAUGGUAGCUAAAAUUUGUGGACAGUGGUCGCCUGGGUUGAUAAAUGUGGGUUCUUUUCAGGAGCUAGCCUUUUACUGUUCUUAUUGAGCCACAAAACAGAAUGCACUUUAUGUUCGUUAAAUUGAUUUUUAACCUAUUUCGGGGGUGAAAAAUAAAUGGCUAUCGGGCUCUGUAAAAAGGCUGAACAGAGCAUGCUGGAUCAGCUUAGGCAGCUGGUUAUGGGGUUAUGGGUUCCUGGCUUAGGUUAAGAAACAAUGGAACUUUUCACCAGUGAUCCAAGGAGAACAAAAAAUACUACUCACAAAUGUGUGGAUCUUGAAAUAGGUAAUGAGUCAGAGUUUUGCGAUCCCGGCCCUCAUGAAGAGUAAAAAUCCCCGGCGUCGACGGAACCUAGAAUGCGUGACGACGCUAUGGCAGUAGUAACCGGAACCUGGACAGGGACGGAAUGGCCUUGCGCACGCAGGCACUUUUUCCGCUUCUGUUGGUAUAAAAUCAAGUGAGCGUAGAAUUUCUUAUCAUUCUCUCUCUGACCUCAGAAGGUUGAGCGAGUGUUACAAGGAUCUUCAAGAUCGCAUUACAAAAGUUCACCCCCAUCAUCCGAAUUUCUAAAUCAGCAGCCUUCAAGCACAAAAUUUCCAAACAGGAUAAAGGUACAGUAUAUUUCAUCCUACUUACUUUUUAUCAGGUGUUUUAUUUUUACAAAUUCUAGUUUCACUUCGCAUGGCAAAAGCGUUUAUUCAAGGAAAAUGUUGUUUAUAAAGGACUGAUGUUUACUUAAUAACCCUAGAAAAUUGAUAUCAGGGUAGCUUCGAUCGUGUAAAUCAAAUUCGAGAAUGACGUUGUGUUUGUACCUCUGGAUCGAUCAUUCAAAGGUUUGUUUUUAUGUCGUUUUAAAAUUAUCGUCAAUUAAAAAAAAACAGACCGAAGAGCACUUAAAAUUGAGUUUUAACAUAUGUAUCGAUGUAUGUUGCUGCAACGAACUCGUUCGCCGCAAAUAUUUCCUGCGCGACCUCUUUAUUUCUUCCCACUAAUUCCCCGUUUGUUUAAAAAGUUAUGAUCUCUCGUCGGCUGUUGUGGAAUUGUCGCAAAAAUGGAACGAUAAAAGACAGAGUAACUACUUCUUUAUAAUAUGGGCACGCAAUCCUAAUAACCUGCAAACGAUUUGUUAGUUGUAAUUUAAGACCAUUAAUAUCCUGACCGCUGCAAAUUGACGUUUAAACCUUUAAACCACAAGUACUCAAGUCGCUCUAUUAGUUGAAGUUUGAUUAAAACUUCUGGUAUGCUUUGGUUGCUUUCUCUGUGUAUGACCGGAAGCGGAAGUUCGUAAGAAUUGUCUCGCGUUUUCACUUUUUUUUUUUUUACAGUAUAAAAAGCCCUUUUAUUAAGACCACCCAGUGAUGUUGGUGGUAUUAUUAAACGAGGUUUUCAGAUAAGGUAAUAACUGAGGGUGACUUUUAACAAAUGCGCCCGGGCAGGAAUUCACGGCACUGUCUUUGUCCUUUUAACCUUGGGCGGGGUGAAUGACGACUUCCGUGUCGAGUUUCCCUGUUGUUUCUAACAAGGGAAGUUCAAGGAGUAUAAAACGGGAAGGGAAAAUUCCCGGGGAAAAGAAAACAAGAGGCGACCACGCCUCGCCUCUCUUCUCCUUUCUCGUUUAUGCCGGUACAUAAAGGCUUCAAUAACGAACCAUCAUGAGUGAAAAGCCUUUUUUUUUUUUUACUUUAAAUAUGAGGUGCUGGGUGGAUGUAGAGACAGUAGUUGUAGCUGAAGACGUCUCCUAUUGCCGGAAAACGAAUAAUAGCCAAAGCCCUCUGCCUAAUUCGGUCCUGUUACCUUUUCUGUGACCAUACGAGAUUGUCUGCACGUAAGUUAGUAUGUCACGCAAUUUAGGCUAUGUCACGCAAUUUCAGGUAAUUAGGCUUCCGGUGGGCAGAUGUCGACCUCGUCCCCAGGGCGCUUUUCCCUGGCUUUGGAGGGCGAGGAUGCGAGAACGUGUGUAGAACUGAGAUCAUAAACUAGAGAAAUUCAGGGAAAGUCAAAAAAGGGCAUAGAUGGAGACAACUGCACAUAAUUAAAACACUUUACUCUCGAGAAAUCAGACACAACGUCUCCCAGACAUUUUCUCAAUGAUUGGUGAUUACCGAAAUCGUCGUUAACGUCAACUGUCUCUAAAACGGAGACCUUUGGGACAGGCAGUAAGUGUCCGUCUUACAGAGAUGUCCUUCUUAUAGAGGGUCAAAUAUAGGGAGUAAGAAAGGCAGGCACCAAUUCUGGGUGUCCGUUUUACACUCGGAUGGGGAGGGGGGUACUCAACAAAUUUUUAUACGGGGAGGCUCCACCUCGAGGUCCGAUCCCUUACCCUUUUAUAUACUAUCUUUCACGAAAAAGGUACCCCUUUCGUAUACCUUCUAUUGACAAAUGGCACCCCUUUCACAUACCUUGUUUAGAACUUUGCAUCCCUCUUAACUGCUGUAAAUGCACUGUCAUUUAAAUAAGAAUCAAUCACAAGAAUAUAACGUUUUCUCGGCUUUAUAAAGCCAUAAAAUUCAUCUGUUCGGCCCUUUGGGCCCUUUCACAGACCCAAAUGACAGAUUUCCCCACCUUUUCAUAUACUUCCUACCCUGUCAUAAACCUGAAGCCUGAAAAAGGUACCCCUUUCGGGUGGAGCCUCCCCGUAAAGGCCAUCAUAGGAAGUACCGCCCUGGGGAGUUUUACAGAGGUCUCCGUCUUAUAGAGGUGAGAUUCGACGGUAUUCCUUAUUUUGAAUUGACUCGCUGGGGCUUUGUGCGAGAUGUAGUCUGUUCACUUCUGUAUUUCAUCUUAUGAUCUUUGAUGUGCUUUAUUCCCAACUAAGAUCCAAGAGGGCCGUAUAAACAUGACGGAAGAAAACCGCAACAUUGGUCUGGGCUUCUCUGGCGGAGGGAUUCGCUCGGCCGCAUUAAGUUCUGGGGUCUUGCGACGGCUACUUCAUCGCGGUGUGAAGGUGGAUUGCAUCAGCUGUGUCUCUGGCGGGAAUUAUACCGCGGCUGCCUAUUUGGACUGGAAAUACCGGCAUGGCAAGCGAGAUGACCAUAAAUGGCAUAAAGAGUUUUUUGAGCACUUGCGCAGUAGGGUCGGGUACUUCUGCAACUGGGAAAGACCACUACAAGGCAUUCUGGACACUGUGCUACUCGUCUUGCUGCUCAUCACAGUAAAUCUUAUCAUCCCUUGCGUGUCGUACAGCUCCGGAGCUUUCACUGCCGCGUUCGUCAUCGAUUACGUUUUUGGUUCGAUCAUGCGCAAAGGGUUUGUAUGUGUAGACUUAUACAGAGAUGCUGCUAACGCGACAGAAAGACACUGCACUCUGGAAAUCUCCAUAAGUGACCCGAGAUUGAGACAACCAAGCUUGCUAUUCAUUUUAUUGCCCGUAACUUUCUUCGUCUGUCUCGCAAUCAAGCUGAGCGCUCCGUUGAGAUUACGCUCAAUCGCUCGUUUCCUCCAGAUCGUAACCGGUGUGACGUAUGCUUUCACGUUUGUACCAUGGUUGAUACAACAGUUUACUGAUGUUCUCCCGUCCUGGCUCAAAGCCUCGGUCGUUGUUCUUAGCAUCUUCUUCUGGCUGGGUUUUCCGCCAUUACGGAAGAAAGCAUCGCUGGCUCUCGUGUUUUACUUUUACGCGUUUGUUAUCAAGUGGAGAGUCUACCAGACAAGCACCAGUGGUAUCCAAUAUAAUCCACAUCUUUUUUACACUUUGCUUUUGGUUUCAAGUUUUUUCAUCUGGAUGGGUCCUUAUCUUGGAAUGUUCAGCGUUACAUCCAUUUAUACCUACUACAAGUAAGUUGGAUCACAGAACUCCUUCUUAUGGCCUUUCCCUUCAGAACGGACUGAUUCCCUGCUCGUGUUGCCAGGUAGUUAAUCGCUCUACAAGUUUAAGAUUUCAAAGCUCAGACCUCAAUCCGCAGAAAACAAAGGAAAAGAGACAGAGUAAUCGUGUCCUGAAAGAGAGAAGUUAGUAUCUUUUUUUCUGUGAAAAUCGAGGAGUAAAAGGGUGAACCAUAAGCCAUGAGUUUGAAGCGAGAAUCUCCCAUCUGUCACACUCCGAGUAUUGAGACUCGAAGCAGAUCUUUCGGUCAUCUCAUUUUUCCACUCCUCUUUGUGUCAUAGGGAGGCUGGGGAGAGGGAAAAAAGAGAGCACGGAAGAGACGAUGGGAAGGGGAUCGGAAAGAGAGAAAAAGCAAGGCCGAAGAAUAUCCCCUUUAGCAUUAAACAGCAAAUAACAGGUUUGUCUUCUUUUCAGAUGGAGACUUCAGAAAGCGUUCUUUACCCAGCACAGUGUUGGAUCGAUGGGUUGCGGGGGAAUAAGUAUCCGCGACUUCUUUCCAGUUCUAUCUUGCUGUACUCAUCACCAUGAUGCAUCCAAGGACCCCUUGCUGAUGGCCGACCUUGAGCCGCUCACCCCAGAGUACAUCAGCAACGUAGCAGUCGAUUACUGGCGCAAAGAAUCGUCUUUGAAAGCACCCUCGUACGCCGUGAUGUCUCUAUCGCCAGAAGGAAACGAACGUAUCGACCAUCAGCCUGGAGAAGUUUGCGACGAGAUAAAGCUGUCGCCUGGCUGCGUGCAUCAAACUGAUGCCAUGGUAACGUCAGCUGCUGUGAUGGCCCUCAGUCCGGAACAGACGGAGCCGUUCAGAGAUUUGCAGAUCAUGCUGGGGCUUACUAUCAGGAAAGGAUUCAGAAGCAAUCCUAACGAAACAAUGGGCUGUUCCCCGUGGCUAGCUAAGGUAUGACGAACUCUACAGAACAAAAUAUUUAGCCUUAUCAGUAGGCUCGAUUUCCGCUGCUCUCUUACUCCUCCUCGAGAAGAUACGGCUGUUCUGGGGCGUAGCGCGAACUCACUUCCCGAACAGCGGCUGGUAAUCGAGCACCCAGUUUCUUUCUUUUCUUCCCUUUGUUUAUUUCGACUUAGACUGUUCACAGUCCUCUAUUUUUCCGUAAGAUCGUCGAGAUCGAGCGCUUUGCGUUACGGGCUGCCAUCUUAGAUGAGUGUCAAAACUACUUAGGGGGCGGGGGCGGUUUGGGAGGAAGCGAGAAAAAUAGAGGGACUGUAAUAACAUCACUGCAGCUCGCGUUCAGGAGGCGUGACAGGAAUUUCACGCCUUUUACCAUUCAUUAAUUAAGAAACUCCGCCGGUGAUGAAAAACAUGCCAGACACAUUUAGCAUCGAUUACGCGUGUCUACAAAUAUCUCCUAGGGAAACGGUGAUUUUAUAAUGUUUUUUAGGCCCAUUCCUCGAAAUAAAAUCGGGCCUUCGUCUUUUGCGCAAGAUGUGCCUUGUGGUAUGAAAGCGUACGUUUUAUGGAAAUAUCGACUUGUCAACGAUUAAACUAAACCCGUUGUCAACGCAAAUAAACAUCCAUUGUCUAAUGACCAAUUAAAGGCCUGCGUUUAUUGAACGCGAGCUGCAGUGAACAGUCCCUCUAUUUUUCAGUCCCCGCCCCCCACACUAUUAUCCCCGAAAGCCCCUCGGUACAUUUGAAAAUCAAGAUGUAGCCGUGACGGUACGACGCGGUAUAUCUAAACGAUCUCACGAAAAAAUAGGGGACUGUGAACAGUCUAAUUUCGACUUUUCGUGUUUCUUCUUCCCAGAAGCCUUCGUUAGCUUCUCCCACUGGCUCGUUUCCAUUCGAGUGUAUUGGAAACUUUUAUUCCGAACUGUUAUUCAGACACACAAAGAGAGAAUUAAGUAUGGUUCAGGGGCGGAUCCAGGAUAUUUUUUAGGAGGGGGUGCACUCGUCUCGUGCUCUACUUCAACACCAAUAAACCACAUAGUUUUUUCUUUUUGCAGAAUACCAGUUGUAUUAGAAAACCGCAGGUCAUCUCGGGAGGGGGGGUGCGCACCCCUGCACCCUCCCCCUAGAUCCGCCCCUGUGGUUUAUGUAGAAUCCAAAAGUUCUCGCAACAAAUAAGUAUUCCAUUGGAUGUAGCGGAAUUUUGACAAGGAGGCUCCAAUCCCCUUACAGAUGACAAAGACGCGUUUGCCUUAACAAAAGAAUGUGAAACUAAGCAAUUUGCUACCUGAACAUUACUACCCAUGCACAGCUCUUCUAUUAACCCCGAUAUGGAGCGUUGCGUGACGACUCUAAAAAAGGCUGUGUAGCAGACUACCCCGAUAGUUGCAUUCAUUCCUACUGAGAUGCCUUGCACUUUGUGUUGCUAUCUUAGGUUCUUGCAGUUUUGAUUCAAAGCAUCGCAGCUUUUCCCGUGAUGUUCCUGGCCAUAAUUUCCCUGAGUGACACGUGGAAAAUGAAAGACGAGGAAGGCUACGCUGUGGCCGUGUUUGUCGCGUACUUCAUAAUAUUCAUCGCCAUAGCUAUUAUGCCAACUGGUGGUGAACCACCAUGGUUCUUUGACAAGUUUGUGAGGUAUGAAAUUGAAAUCGUCUAUCCAGUCCUUUUUUAAAGAAAAGACAGUGUCAGUUUAUAACGUCGUAGGACAUUUGCUAUACCCGGGAAAGAAUUAAGACAAACAAACAAAAAUAGACUUUUUUCUCUAUCUGGUGCUUGGGCUUGAAUCUUGACUUUAUUCUCAGGGUCUUUUUUCGUUCUUUCCCGUGGAGCGAAAGAGUAAUUACCCUGCGAGCAAGCUUUCCAUUACAGGGACUCUGGAGAAGUCACGCGUAAGCGACACGCAGAAAAGGAUGCGAGAGCGUUCUUUAACCAGACGAUUGGAGAGUUCAUGUGCUCGCAGGCUAAAGAGGACGACGGAGAGCGACUCGGAGGACGAGGUUGAAAAAACUGUCGAUAACAAAACACAACCUUCAGAGAAACUUCUCUUCGUCCUUACUUUUGGUAAUAAGUUUGACCUCUCUAAACGUCUACUCGCCAAAGUUCCAUUUCAAUGCACUGGCUGUGUACAGUGGACCCUCUUUUAAAGGAAACCUCUCUUAGACGGAUACUUAGAGUUGGUCCCUGCCUUUCUUUCCUCCCUUCAUUUGACUCUCUAUAAGACAGACAUCUCUCUAAGACGGACACUUCCAGUUAGUGCCGGUCCCAAAGAUUUCCUUUUUAGCGAGAGAGUUGGCUACCUGUAUAUGUUUUCUACCACGGUCAAGCUCGUUGCGCUUUGAGUACGUUCCCUUCGUACGUGUAAAUCAGCCCUAACUAUGACUUUCCUUCAGUUUUUAACUGUUUCCGUCACCCAUGUUGUUUGCGUCGUAACAUCGCCUCUUCUUCAGUCCACUUAGGGGAAAAGCAAAAAAAUCCUUUUGCUAAUUGUUUGUUUGCAUAUUCGGGUUUCCAUUCCUCUUUGCCUCAAUUUAUACUUCGUCUUUAGCGAGGCUAGUGUCUAACCGAGAACUUGUAUUAAACCAUUUACGUGUUAAGUCAUUAAUACUUUUGUGUUGUUGGUAAUAGGUGGUGUCACGUUCACUUGUAUCACGUACGAUUUUUACGCGAGGUCUUCCAAGUUAACAACGUCGGACCCAAUCCACCUGCGCUUUUAUCUCUAAGUGAUGCCGGGCGCCUAGAGAAAUAUGGUCUGCUCUCCCUGCUGAAGAAAAGGCUGAAAAAGAUACUCAUCGUUGACGGAAGCUUUAUUUCGAGUGACGCAGACUACUCCAAAUACCUCUUAAAAUCUAUGGAUCAGGCGAGGGAACAGUUACAUUGUGAGUUCGUUGGUCUGGGCGGCCGGGAUGUCAUAGGACAGAUGAAUAAAGAAUAUGUAAAAGUCCCUCGAGGACGACAACCGAGGCAUUAUCGAUUUCUAGUUCGGUACUUCGACAAGAAACUUGAUGGUGGUUAUUUCGAGGUUGGUACCGGUGAGGUAAUGAUCAUUGCUCCUCGUCACCCUGACAACGGGGUCAAGCCUCCAGCAGACAUGGACACAACUUGGGCCCAGUACACCCAAGACACAGGAGAGGAACUGGAUACAACUUUGUGGGGUCCAGGACCAGUUCUAAAGGCGCAGGAUGUUGACCGCCUAACUUUCUGUUGUUGCGAAUCUUGUCAUUCAAGCUCGACAAUUAUUCGCUGGAUUUCAGAUAAGCUGUGUGUGGGCUUCCCACAUACCUUGACAGUCAACCAGUUUUUUACAUCGUCGCUUUUUACAGCAUAUCACCGUGAAGGAUAUCGUGCUUGCGUGGAGUCCGGCGCUGAGGAGUUCUUGACCGGGAGUGAGGCAAUAAAUCUUACAGGCUUUGUUUAACUUAUUUACUCCAAGCAUCAGCAUGAAUAUUCUCCACACGGUUCAACAUGGGUUUCCUUUGGUACUGAUAAGGAGAAUAUCGAUUAAGAUCAAGACCUAUAAUCAUUUCUUUUAUUCUUUUUCACCUUCAUGUUUGAUACAACAGAGAUAUCAUAAACAAAUAUUUGAAAAAUGAGAUGAUGCUCACUAUUAGGGUUUACAGGAAUAGAUAAUUAUUAGACAAGGAAUUUUGAACGUGAGUGGCAGAAUAUUUGUAUAAUAAUGAUGAUAAUAAUAAUAAUAAUAAUAAUAAUAAUAUAAUAGCCUGUGUUGAAAAUCUUCAAAAUUUUGUUUCAAAAUCGCCAAUUAGGUUCCGUCUUCUUUAUUACCGUAAUUUUUAAAUACCAAAAAGGGCCAUUGUUCUGUUUUUAUGGUGACGUUAUGGCACUACAGCGCGCUAAAAGUUAAAGUCAAGCUAGCGCAUGCUCCCUGUGCCCAAGUACUGCUAGAACCUAGUUUGUAUUGAAAUCAGGAGGGAGUUGUAGGAUCAUGCACGAUGUGACACCAACUACAACGACACUAAGCCAACGGUGCAACCUAAAUAGUAAGCAAUUUAGCAACAUGCUUUCAUUCAGAAAGAGCCCGCGAAAUAAGAAAACUAGGGUAUCGUUAUCAGAGAACGAUCACGCUUUCAGUUGCCAUAUCCGCGCCAGUAGAAGGGAUUGUUUGAUAAAAAAUUAGCAUGUUAGUACAUACGUAUGCAUCUCCAUCUCCGCCAAAAUUCAAACUUGUUGUUCCCAGAUCUAAACCUUCAAUUCAAGACGCUUAAAUUGGUUGAAUUGCCAAAAUGAUUGUUUUAAUUCAAAAAUUGCAAAUUUAAAUUGAAAGCAACAAUUUUUGAAUUGAAGGUUUGGAUCUAAGAACAACACGUUUGAAUUUUGGCGGGGAUGGAUAUCCAUACAUUACUACUGUAUAUUUGUUGUGUUCCAUUUGCACUCGUCACCAUUGUUUCCAGUAAUACAGUGUAAAAAAAUGGAAUGUCGACGGUGGAUACACUCGUUUUUUAGAAUGCUUUCCUUUUGUUGAAUAAAGGACUUGCGAAUUCUCUCAUUCAAAUACUUUCGUGAAUUUUUAAUAUUUUGAAGCGAGCGCACUUAAUUUCGUUUGCUCUGAAUCGCAAAGUGCUUCCCUUCGCCGCGCCGAAUCGCAUCAACCCAUUACGUUCUUUGUGAAAGGACCUCAGAAAAGUUUAGGUAGUUAUAUUUCGUUCCAGCUGGAAUUGAAAUCUCCUUUUUAGUGGCGCUCAGGCACACAACAACUCGAUGGAAACCGUAUCGCUCUACUCAAUCGCUAAGACGCGGAGUCAAAACAAAACCAUUGAGGCCUCACUAGCCAUAUUUGCAUGAGGACGACUUCAAAAAAAAAAAAAUGAGGACGACUUCCGUGUUGAGGUUUCCUGUUGUUUCUAGAAGGGAAGCCACAUUGUGUCCUUUUGUUUUAUUUUCCUCGGGGCUUUUCCGUUCACGUGGUAUACUUUUUGGUAUACAAAGGGAAAGGGAAAAAGCCCGUUUCACUUUCGCGUCCCACUAUCUGAGAGCCGCGAACAGGCUAACGUAGUUCAGACUUUUUGAUUCGCCUUGCCGGCGCAACCGUGCCCUGGAAAAUGAGAGUAGCGCCUGAUCUUAGCUCAGCGCGGGACGAGUUAUCGGUAAGAUACGAUUGUAGAAAUCCAUGUAAAUUAAGUUUAUCAGUGGUUUUUUCAGGCUUGGUUCCAGUGCAUGAUAGCAUUUGUAAUAAUUUUUAUACGUUUCCAAGCAUGUUAUGUCGCUUCUCAUCUGAAAGCUUCAAUAAGCUUCAAACUCUAGUGGUAAACUAUGCUUUCUUCAUUAUUUUCUUUUGCAUAUCAACGGCCAUUAGUCAUUGAACACGGAUUGAAUAACCGAUUGACUGCGGAUAGACUUCGUGAAGUUUUGACUGUAUACAUUUUAGGUUGAGCGUUGUGUCAAGCAUUACUGUUUUCAUUGUAUCUUUGCCUGCGAAGAUAGCCUUCUCUCCUAGCUCUUCAUCUGUGAAUAGAAUCACUUAAUUCUCGCGAACCGAGUUUACAAUUUUGUCGAUUUUGCUUUGGUGGUAAAUCUUUUUAUCGGUUUGGUAUCUGAAGUUGCCUAGCAACGGGAGAGUUGAAAAAACUGACCCCCACUCCGCGGACUACCAACUGACCCCACUCCGCGGACUACUCUACGGACUACUCCGCGGACUACUCUACGGACUAGUCCGCGGACUACCCUGCGGACUACUCUAACUAAUCAACCAAAUUUACUUUCACGGAGAAAAGAGUUAGAAGAAGCGUACCUGCCUACAAGAUCACACUUGAUAAACAGCCGCCAUCUUGAUUUUCGCCACUUUACUCGACCCAGCUCUCCUUUAGCUUCGCCCCAGUCUUCAUCGGCCACAAGUCAGAGCACGCCGUUCAGCAAUGGAUGACCGGUAAUUGUGUGUUGAAUAUUCAUCCCUUUUAAUUUGUUUCAAUUGUUUGCCUGAGAAAAUGCAAGGGGUGACAGGCCGCACAUCUAUACCGGCGUGAAACCUUGUGUAAACCUUUUAUAUUCUAAUUCGCUACCCCGCUCAAACGAAUAUAAAACAUUUAUCAUGUAACAAGCAACCUCAAUUGGGGUGUGUCAACACGAGCCGUGUGCGACCCUCUUUAUUAUGCCUUCAUCAACAGAAUGGAUGGAAAUAAUACAACAAACAGAAUGAAAACUCGGAAAUGUAAAAAAUUACAGCAAGAAGAACAACCCUACAAAAUGAUCUAAACUAUGCUCGUAUAACAAUGAUUCAGUAAACAUACAAAACGUGCUAAACCUUUCAUAUAGCAGCAUGCAAAAAACUACGUCUAAGAGAAACCCCUGGUCACUGGGUAUUUAAUUUUGAGGGCGUAGGGACGGUCGUAAGACGCGAAUGAAUAUAAAUGAGAACAACUCGAAUAUAUAUAGCCUACCGCUAAUGAAGCAACAGAACAGCAUACCAUGUAACACCCCAAAGAAAAGGUUACAUAACCCAUGAUAAAUACAUUUAUAUUUUAGCUCUAACGAGCAUGUCCUUUAGGGAUUUUCCUUUCUUGUAGGAAAUGAUAGGUGGUUCUUUAAAAAUUUGGCGAAGUAACGGUUGGGUUUGUAUAAGAUUCCAGUUUUUCAUUAAAACUUCUUUUAAAGUAGACACUGAGGGCUGGUACUGUGUCACGAAAGGCAAUAUUUCUUUUUCCUCUUUGUUGUUGUGUUUCAAGAGAGCAGACUCCCUCUCUGUGAACUUUAUAUCUGAUAGAAGGUUUUCUAUCAUAGUUUGUGGGUAGCCUCUGUCAAUCAAGCGUAUUUUGAAAUUUGAAAUAUUUUCCUCAAACGUAGUUUUUGAGGAGUUUGUUCGUAGGAUUCUCAAGGCUUCUCCUUUGACAAAUCCUUUUUUAACACUCGGCGGGUGACAAGAGGUGAAAUGUGUGUACUGGAAGGUUUCCGUUUUUUUAAAAUGUGUCUUUACAUCAAGGAUAGAUUUUUCCUUGAAUCUUGUGCCUUUGUAUACAAUCGUGUCUAAAAACACAGUCUCAGUGUCAGAUAUUUCGGCCGUGAAUUUGAUAGUUGGGUGAUUUAAGUUCGCUUGUUCGAUGAAGGCUUCGAAGGUUUUAAAAAUUUUAAAAAUUAAAAAUUAUCAAGUGUGAUCUUGUAGGCAGGUACGCUUCUUCUAACUCUUUUCUCCGUGAAAGUAAAUUUGGUUGAUUAGUUAGGGUAGUCCGCAGGGUAGUCCGCGGACUAGUCCGUAGAGUAGUCCGCGGAGUAGUCCGUAGAGUAGUCCGCGGAGUGGGGUCAGUGGGUAGUCCGCGGAGUGGGGGUCAGUUUUUUCAACUCUCCCGCCUAGCAACGAUGUCGCGACGAGGGUGUGUUCCUUUCGGCGAUUCCAAAAAAGGAUUUUUGGUCGAGAUUAUUUCGCGGUCGAAAGAAACGUGAAAUCCUACAAUGGAUUUGUAACCUUGGUAACUUUUCGCAAACGCGUGCAAUAUGCAUGAUAGCCUCUAAAGAAAAGACGUGUUUUCUACUGUUUGACAAAUUAUACGAUUAUUCCGUGCAGAAUUUUGUGGUCGGCAGUUCCAAUAGCGACGAUGCACAUAAACAGUUCAAGAAAGAAUCGCGUUAAAGUUGAAAAUUAUCUAAAGGUUGUCGGCUCAGUUUGAUCCAGUUUAGAAGCUCGGAUUUUUUAUGUAACACGAUCGAGUGCCUAUCGAGUCUACAAGCGAGUUUAUAGAAAGGUAGCAGUUCAUUUGUCCCUCUUACGUGUUUGUGUUUCAGCAAUCUUUAGCGACAAAUGGCUAGCACAUGGAUAUUUUACUGUACCAAGAACAAUCCUCCAGUGUUUUCUAUGGAGGCCCGUUCUGGUCAAAAUUAAUAUAAUAAAAUGGCAUCACAAGUGACUUUUUCGGCCAGUGCAGCACUUAUUAUGGACCCGUUGUGUAUUUUUGUCAUCACUACACAGGAUUUUUUUAGUGUGUUGUUAUUUUUUUUUUAGCUGCAUGAAUUAUUUUUUGUUAAGGCUGUUUACUUUUUUUAUGUUGUUGUAUGAAUAAACUUUUCAUGCGUACCACAAAUAAUUUUUUAGUGGUACCGCGAAUUAUUUUUAAUACAAGUAUUGAGAAUUAUUUUUUCAUCGUGCUGAUAAUUAUUUUUCGCUGUAUGGCGAAUUUAUUUUUGGGCCUACAAUGCUUUGCGGGCCUUGCAGUUGAAGUGGACUGGUUCGAGUCUUUGAUUUCCUUGGGCGACCAUUUUGAAAACUUUGAAGACUCUUUGAAGUGGAGGAGUGCUUUGAAAGAGAAUGCCAAGGCGAAACAUUGUCAGGGAAAUACACAAAAGAGGUUUUCAUCUUUCUUACAAAAUCUUUCAGGAGCCAGUAGUCUUUGCCGUUCGUGAUGAGGUUUUCUGGACCGAAGAUUUAAUAGAGGAGACUAGGAAGGGACUUCACGACUCGUACACAAUUCUAACCCUUAUUCAGGGUGUCCAGUUCCUAUUUUUUGAGCCUAUUCCUAUUUUCCCCUAUUUUUAAACUAAAACCUCAUAUUUUUCCUAUUUUUUAGCCGGUGAAGGCAAAAUUUGUAACAAAAUUGAAAAUGAAAUUAUAAUUGUAUGUGUUUUUGAGUGAAAUUUAUCAUAAAGCAAGUAGUAUGUUGACUUUGAUAUUCUAAUAUUAGUAAAAAUAACAGUUACGUUUGUUCUUUCCAUGACCUCUAUUGCCUGUUAGAGUUCUGUUAACAUUUUUGUUAACCUGCAUGUACAUGUAUUGUAUGUAGUGUUAUAGUUCUCCUCCUGACUAUUGAAUAAUAUUGUGUAUAGCUCACUGAAACUGCAUUUCAGUAUCUGUACAUGUUAUAUUUUAUUUUGAAAGUCUUGCUCACUUUUAUGUUCAUCUUUGAAACUGAAAACAGGAUCAAGUUGUGCUCUCACAACACAGGCCAAUCCAAUCAGCAUCUUGUUUUUAAAAACCAAUCAUGAUCACUAGCUGAUUCUGGAUGCUACAUGAAAAGAACAGACUAAAGUUUAGUGUACGGCGCUAGCUCUCUUGGUGAGCCCUUGUUAACAGCUAUACCUAAGCAACUGAUGAAGGAUCCCAUAUUUUGGUUGCAAAACCGGUCUUGCAGUCAUAGCUAAGCAUUGUUAUGUUCUUCUUAGAACUUAACCAUGACAAACUUACAAUCUGGUACCAAACACAUCAGUGUCAUUUUGCGUACACCGCACAAAGCCUGGUUUCGUACUUAAAAUUAUGCGGUGUUUUGACUCAAACAAGCAUAUUCUCAACCAGCUACCGAUUGCAGAUUAAUGGAAGGAAAGCUUUCCAUAGGACUUUUACGUUCUAGUUCGAUAUCGUUCAAUGACAACUCAGUCAUAAGAAAUUUCUAUACUAAGAAAUUUCACUCUUCAAAGCUUUUCAAAGAUUUGCCGCCAACUUGAGGGGAAUUUGCAUAUGAUCACCUUUGAUUAUAGAACCACGCUUGACCUGCAGUCAAGCAUAUCAUUCUGAUUAUAGCAUAACUGAGGCAAUAAACUAAACGUUACUGAUCAUUUUUACUCCUUCUUAGCCGCGAAAGUUGAUCUCAAUCCUGCGAACGUAGAAUCUGAGGACUUGAGGCAUUUAUUAUAACCCUGAUGGGGUGCAGGGAGGCUACCUUUGUCCACAAAAGUACUAUUGAUUUUCCCAUUUUUCUCCUAUUUUUUAACACAAAGUUUCCUAUUUUUCCUAUUUUCUCAACGCUGAGUCUCCUAUUUGCCUAUAUUUUUGAGCAACCAUGCCGCUGGACACCCUGCUUAUUGCACACGACAUGUCUCCAAUUGAACAGUUCUCUACCCAAUCUUACAGCUCGAGUCUUCGUCCCGUACCACACAUGCUGGCUUUCGGGAAGGAAGAUGCUGAGCAAGAACAAACCAGUGCAAAAGUUAAUUGGAAAAUACAUAUUCGACUGCUAUGAGAAAAGAAUAUCAUUAGUUCUUUAGGUUAACAUUGAUUAUAGUUCCACUAGUGUGCAAUUUGUGUUAUGUUUCUAAAUUAUUUGGAUAAAGUCAAUUUACAUAGGACUGUAUAAGACUCCAAAUAAACAAAGCAAUGUCAUUGUCAUUGUCAUUGCUGUGAAAGAGAAUGCCCUCUACCCUGAACUUCAGGAAAAAUCUCCCGAUUCAAAUCCUGACGGGGGGGCAUAAGAACUAGCAGAGCCAAAUGGAUUCGAGGUAUAUGACCUUCGCAGAGUGCUAGUGAGAGUAGACCUCACUAACUAACUAACAUGGGGAACUUGCUCGAGUGCCUUUACGGUGGCAGUAUAGUAAUUCCUGAUUUUUAACAUUAUGUUUUUAAUAUUCGGAGAUGAAUGAGUCGGUCCAACGUCAGAUACCUGAGAUGUAUAGCCAAUAAUGCCAUAACAUAAAUAUUAGAUAAAUCAAUCGAAUUUCCCAUUUAGUGAGGUCUACUCUAACUAGCACUCAGCAUAGGUCUUCUCCUUCGAGUCCAUCUGGCUCUGCUUCUGAUGCUCGCCCGUCUGGAUUAGAAUCGGGAGCUUCUUCCUGAACUUCAGGGUAGCGGACACUCUCAUUCUCUGCGUCUUCGUUCCGAAAACCAGCAUGUGUAGUGCGAGACGAAGAUUCGAGGGCAAGACCGGGUAAAGAACAGUUCAAUCGGGCAGACAUGUCAUGUUCUGAAUAAGGGUUAGAAUUGUGUACGAGUCGUGAAGUCCCUUCGUAGUCUCCUCUGUUAAAUCUUCGGUCCAGAAAACCUCAUCACUAACGACAGACUACUAGCUCCUGACAGAUUUUGUAAGAAAGAUGAAAACCUCUGUCGUUUCAGUUCUCUGACAAUGUUUCGCCUUGGCAUUCUCUUUGAAAACACUCCUCCACUUGCAAAGUUUUCAAAAUGGUCGCUCAAGUCAAAGACUCGAACCAGUCCACUUCAACUGCAAGGCCCGCAAAGCAUUGUAGAACCAAAAAUAAAUUCGCGAUACAGCGAAAAAUAAUUAUCAGCACGAUGAAAAAAUAAUUCUCAAUACUUGUAUUAAAAAUAAUUCGCGGUACCACUAAAAACUUAUUUGUGGUACGCAUGAAAAAUUUAUUCAUACAACAACAUCAAAAAAGUAAACAGCCUUAAUUAAAAAAUAAUUCAUGCAACUAAAAAAAAAUAAAAACACAUUAAAAAAAUCCUGUGUAGUGAUGACAAAAAUACUCAAGAGGUCCAUAAUAAAUGCUGCACUGGCCGAAAAAGUCAUUUGUGAUGCCAUUUUAUUAUAUUAAUUUUGACCAGAACGGGCCUCCAUAGUUUUCAGACGUUUUACGGCAAAUGGCAACAACUAGGAAACUAUACUGGGAAUACUUAUACUGGAAAUACCGCUGGAUCAUAUGACUAAUUUCGAAUCCACUGUGAAUGGAACAGCGUAGAUCACUAAUCCGUUAAUCUGGAUUCGGAUUCUUCGGAUUUCAAAUUCAAUUGGGUGUGUUCCUUUCGGUGAAUCCAAAAACGGAUUUUAGUUCUAAACGGAUUUCGCGUUCCUUUCGGCAAAUCCAAAUCCGGAUUUUUGAUCUGGUGAAUCCUUUUUGAAAAAGGAUUCAUUGGAUUUGAAAUCCGAAGAAUCCAAAUCCAGAUUAACGGAUUAGUGAUCUACGCUGUUCCAUUCACAGUGGAUCCGAAAUUAGUCAGAUGAUCCAGCGGUAUUUUCCAAUUGAAGUAUUCCCAUAGAGGCCGUAGAGUUUCUUCGUUGCUGUCAUUUGCCGCAAAACAUCUGAAAACAUUAGAAGAUUGUUCCUGGUACAUUAAAAUAUCCAUAUACUAACCAUUUGUCUCUAAAGAUUGCUUGAAAUCAGAAAUAAGAUAGUAACAAAUGAACUGCUAUCUAACUACAAACUCGCUUGUAGACGCGACAGGCAUUCGAUCGUGUUUUAAUACAUAAAAAAAUCCGAGAUAUGGAACUGGAUCAAACUGGCUGACAUUCUUUCUUUGUCUGUUUUAUAUGUUCCAUCGUCGCUAUUCGAACUGCCGACCACUAAAUUCUGCACGGUAUAAUCGCAUAAUUUGUCAAACAGUAGAAAACACGUCAUUUUUUGAGAGGCUGUCGUGCAUAUUGCACGCGUUGGCGAAAGGUUACCAAGGUUACAAAUCCAAUUUCGGAUUUCACGUUCCUUUCGACCGCGAAAUCUGGCAAAUCUAGGAUCAAAAAUCCGUUUUUGGAUUCGCCGAAAGGAACACACCCAUUUGAAUCCUUUAAAAAGGAUUCUCCAGAUCAAAAAUCCGUAUUUGGAUUUGCCGAAAGGAACGCGAAAUCCGUUUUAAGAUCUAAAAUCCGCUCCAAUUGACGUCAUUCAGUCUAGGUGCAUUUUGAGGUUUCCAGGCAACACUUACAACAAGGAGCCCUUUUAAUUUAUUCACAUUCUUUCGUGCAGAUUUAAUCCAAUCAGAAGCUAGUUGGAAGCUGUCCUCGACUUCUGAUUCGUUAAUGUCUCCAUGAAAGAAUUUGAGUUAUUAAAGGUCUCACUUGUGGGCUCCUUGCUGUAAGGAAGAAGAAAACGACAACAAGAAACCGUGGAGAAGAAAGGCGGAUAUGGUUAUUCAUUCUCUGUUGAAAAAAAAUGUUUACUGAUACUGAAUCGUAACCGAUUCUCCUCAUGUAAAUGUAGAAAGUUGCAAGCGGUACAACGCCGUCAGCAAGAGAAUUCGCCACAGUUUUGCGAGACACUUAAUAUCGCUUUGUUGGCCAUAUCAUCUUCAAAUGCGACGAAAUGAGUUAAAGUACUGUUUUUGCCGUCAAAACCAUGCUUAUUUUCCUCCACUACAUUUUUGAAUCCUUGAUAAAUACAGCUCUACGAGCUUCAAACAGCGUCUAUCGACAGAAUUUCAUGGGCAAAAACGUUAAAGAUAAUUAAUUCAAAAUAUACGUGCAACACUUGGUCUCGUAGCGCAGUGGCUAAGACGAUGACCUUACACGUUAAUUGUCCGGGUUUAGACUCCCGCCUGAGGAAACUUUUUAUUUUACUUUAUUUUUUGGUCGUUUUCGUAUUGUUUUCUUUUUUUGACACAUUUAACCUAUUGGCUGGUAUUACUUCCCUUUAUCACAGCUUCGCGAGGUGUUGCGAUAAACGUAUUUCUAGUUAAAUAUGAGUAUAAUGAUUUCUUUGUUGUCCAAUUCAGUUUCUACGCUCGUGAUAGAUCCGCAUUAAUUCCUUUGUUGACACUGGAACUAAAGGUGAUCUUACACGAGACGAUUCGCAAAUGGUUACAACAUUGUUCCAACUUUGCAGCGCUGUGUUGCGCUAAAAAUCGUCGUUGCGAAUCGUCUCGUGUAACAUCGCCUUAAAAGGGCUUUCCGAAAUUCACCUAGACAAUUUCGGUUGGUGUGAUGUUUUAGCGAUUUUGACCGAUCUAUGAUGUAGAUGUAGAUGUAAAGAUGUAGAGUAAGAAAGCGGUUCACAUAAAUCACACCUCCAAGGUAAACCCACACGUUCGCCCGCACUUCCAAGCCAACGGCUCUUGUUAGUCUCAUGAUCUUUGUUGUGCUUUAUUCUCAACUAAGAUCCAAGAGGGCCGUAUAAACAUGCCAGAAGAAAACUGCAACAUUGGUCUGGGAUUCUCUGGCGGAGGGAUUCGCUCGGCCGCAUUAAGUUCUGGGGUCUUGCGACGGCUACUUCAUCGCGGUGUGAACGUGGAUUACAUCAGCUGUGUCUCUGGCGGGAAUUAUACCGCGGCUGCCUAUUUGGACUGGAAAUACCGGCAUGACAAGCAAGAUGACCAUAACUGGCAUAAAGAGUUUUUUGAGCACUUGCGCAGUAGGGUCGGGUACGUCUGCAACUGGGAAAGACCACUACAAGGCAUUCUGGAUACUGUGCUACUCGUUUUACUGCUCAUCACAGUAAAUCUUAUCAUCCCUUGCGUGUCGUACAGCUCCGGAGCUUUCACUGCCGCGUUCGUCAUCGAUUACGUUUUUGGCUCGAUCAUGCGCAAAGGGUUUGUAUGUAACGCUAACGCGACAGAAAGACACUGCACUCUGGAAAUCUCCAUAAGUGACCCGAGAUUGAGACAACAGAGCUUGCUAUUCAUUUUAUUGCCCGUAACUUUCUUCGUCUGUCUCGCAAUCAAGCUGAGCGCUCCGUGGAGAUUACGCUCAAUCGCUCGCUUCCUCCAGAUCAUAACCGGUGUGACGUUUGCUUUCACGUUUGUACCAUGGUUGAUACAACAGUUUGCUCAUGUUCUCCCGUCCUGGCUCAAAGCCUCGGUCGUUGUUCUUAGCAUCUUCUUCUGGCUGGGUUUUCCGCCAUUACGGAAGAAAGCAUCGCUGGCUCUCGUGUUUUACUUUUACGCUUUUGUUAUCAAGUGGAGAGUUUACCAGACAAGCACCAUUGGUAUCCAAUAUAAUCCACAUCUUUUUUACACUUUGCUUUUGGUUUCAAGUUUUUUCAUCUGGAUGGGUCCUUAUCUUGGAAUGUUCAGCGUUACAUCCAUUUAUACCUACUACAAGUAAGUUGGAUCACUGAAUUUCCUUCUCAUUGCAUUUCCCUUCAGAACGAACCAUGAGACAAUUUAGGGACAGACCAUUAGAAAAGUUGUGGGGGGGAGGGGAAUUUUCGAGCCGCAGGAAUUUUUUUUCGUCAUCAAAUUCCUUGUAUGAAUUUUUUUUUAGACAAUUUAGUAUGACUGUUUCCCUGCUCGUGUUGCCAGAUAGUUAAUCGCUCUACAAGUUUCAGAUUUCAAAGUUCAGUCCUCAAUCCGCAGAAAACAAAGGGAAAUAGACAGAGUAAUCGUAUCCUGAAAGAGAGAAGUUAGUAUCUUUUUUUCUGUGAAAAUCGAGGAGUAAAAGGGUGAACCAUAAGCCAUGAGUUUGAAGCGAGAAUCUCCCAUCUGUCACACUCCGAGUAUUGAGACUCGAACCAGAUCUUUCGGUCAUCUCAGUUUUCUACUCCUCUUUGUGUCAUAGGGAGGCUGGGGAGAGGGAAAAAAGAAAGCACGCGAGAGACGAUGGGAAUGGGAUCGGAAAGAGAGGAAAAGUGAGGCCGAAGAAUAUCCCCUUUAGCAUUAAACAGCAAAUAACAGGUUUGCCUUCUUUUCAGAUGGAGACUUCAGAAAGCGUUCUUUACCCAGCACAGUGUUGGAUCGAUGGGUUGCGGGGGAAUAAGUAUCCGCGACUUCUUUCCAGUUCUACCUUGCUGUACUCAUCAGCAUGAUGCAUCCAAGGACCCCUUGCUGAUGGCCGACCUUGAGCCGCUCACCCCAAAGUACAUCAGCAACGUAGCAGUCGAUUACUGGCGCAAAGAAUCGUCUUUGAAAGCACCCUCAUACGCCGUGAUGUCUCUAUCGCCAGAAGCAAACGAACGUAUCGACCAUCAGCCUGGAGAAGUUUGCGACGAGAUAAAGCUGUCGCCUGGCUGCGUGCAUCAAACUGAUGCCAUGGUAACGUCAGCUGCUGUGAUGGCCCUCAGUCCUGAACAGGCGGAGCCGUUUAGAGAUUUGCAGAUCAUGCUGGGGCUUACUAUCAGGAAAGGAUUCAGAAGUAAUCCUAACGAAACAAUGGGCUGUUCCCCGUGGCUAGCUAAGGUAUGACGAACUCUAAAGAACAAAAUAUUUAGCCUUAUCAGUAGGCUCGAACAGCGGCUGGUAAUCGAGCACCCAGUUUCUUUCUUUUCUUUCCUGUUUAUUACGUGUUUCUUCUUCCCAGAAGCCUUCGUUCGCUUCUCCCACUGGCUCGUUUCCAUUCGAGUAAUUGGAAACUUUUAUUCCGAACUGUUAUUCAGACACACAACGAGAGAAUUAAGUAUGGUUUAUGUAGAAUCCAAAAGUUCUCGCCACAAAUAAAUAUUCCAUUGGAUGUGGCGGAAUUUUGAGAAAGAGGCUCCAAUCCCCUUACAGACGACAAAAACGCGUUUGCCUUAACAAAAGAAUGCGAAACUAAGCAAUUUGCUACCUGAACAUUACUACCCAUGCACAGCUCUUCUAUUAACCCCGAUAUGGAGCGUUGCGUGACGACUCUAAAAAACGGCUGUGUAGCCCCGGGGGGGGUACUCCCAUACAUUACAUAUACGGGUAUGUGCCGCCCAAAGGGGUCGUGAUUUUGAAGCUCCUGAUUUAGAACGGGGUAUCCAUUUCAGAGGCGUUUUCUAGAACGGGGUAUAAUAUUUCGAACGCACGAAAGCUCCAUUUUUGUUGGCAGCCAUUUGAAAGUAUUCAAGGACAGAUUGCUUUUAAAAAUACGGUUCAAUGCGUUAACAAGCAAACCGUUGUACUCUUGUUGCACCCUAGAACGGAGUAUAAAAAAUUGGCCCAUUUCUAGAACGGGGUAUCAGUUUUGGGGCGAAUUCUAGAACGGGGUAUAAAAAAUUGGCCCAUUUCUAGAACGGGGUAUCAUUUUUACGGGAAAUUUUUUCCAGAACGGGGUGCCAUUUUGGAGUCCCGGGCGGCACAUACCCACCCAAAAAAUACCCAAGUGCCCCCCCCGGGUGUGUAGCAGACUACCCCGAUAGUUGCAUUCAUUCCUACUGAGAUGCCUUGCACGUUAUGUUGCUAUCGCAGGUUCUUGCAGUUUUCCUUCAAGGCAUCGCAGCUUUUCCCGUGAUGUUCCUGGCCAUAAUUUCCCUGAGUGACGCGUGGGGAAUGAAAGACGAGGAAGGCUACGCUGUGGCCGUGUUUGUCACGUACUCCAUAAUAUUCAUCGCCAUAGCUAUUAUGCCAACUGGUGGUGAACAACCAUGGUUCUUUGACAAGUUUGUGAGGUAUGAAAUUGACAUCGUCUAUCCAGUCCUUUUUAAAGAAAAGACAGUAUCAGUUUAUAAGGUCUUAGGUCCUUUGCUAUACCCGGCAAAGGAUUAAGACAUGAACAAACAAAAAUAGGAUUUUUUUUCUGUGUCUUGUGCUUGAGCUUGAGUCUUGACUUUAUUCCCAAUGCACUGGCUGUGUUGACUCUCUCUUAACGGAAACCUCUAUUAGAGGGACACCUCGGUAAAACGGACACCCAAAGUUGGUCCCUGCCUUUCUUUACUCGCUCAUCUCCGGUGUAAUAUAAUAUAUUACUCACAGCUGACGUAAAACAAAGAAAUCAAAACAUCCUUAACAAUGAACCUAACCCUGACAAUAGUCCAUAAACCAAAGAAAACGAAUAAAUUAGCCCACUAGUAGCGCAAAGCGCCGGCUUUUUGGCGGCAAAAAAAGAUUAAAGACUAGCUUUAACUAGCUAAAGUUGUUUUGUCGCGAUAUUUUCUGAUUAACUAGUUGGAUUUUACUAAAACAAUUAUUCCUCUCGCCCUCAUGGCCUGAGUCAAUAGCCCAUUCGGCCUUCGGCCUCAUAGGCUAUUGACUCAGAGCCCAUUCGGGCUCGAGGAAUAAUUGUUAAUUUCACCGGGAUGACCCCUUUACUCCCUUUAUUUGACCCUCUGUAAGACGGACAUCUCUUUGCCUGCGUGCAGACGUCUCCUAUUUCCUUUGCAACAAAGGAGAUAGGAUACGUCUGCACGCAGGCAAGACAUCUCUCUAAAGACGGACACUUACUGCCGGUUCCAAAGGUCUCCAUUUUAAAACAGAGAGUUGGCUGUAUAUGUUUGCUACCACUGUCAAGUUCGUUGCGCUUUGAGUACGUUCCCUUCGUACGUGUAAACCAGCCCUAACUAUGACUUUCCGUCACCUAUGUUUUUGCGUCAUAACAUCGCUUUUUCUUCAAUCCACUUUGGGGAAAAGAAAAUACUUUUGCUAAUUGUUUCUUUGCAUGUUCGGGUUUCCAUUCCUCUUUACUUCAAAUUAUACUUCGCCUGUAGCGGGGCUAGCCUCUUUAUGGAGAACUCGUAUUAAACCAUAUACGUGUUUUUGUGUUGUUGGUAAUAGGUGGUGUCACGUUCACUUGUAUCACGUGCGAUUUUUACGCGAGGUCUUCCAGGUUAACAACGUCGGACCCAAUCCACCUGCUGUUUUAUCUCUAAGUGAUGCCGGGCGCCUAGAGAACUAUGGUCUGCUUUCGCUGCUGAAGAAAAGGCUGAAAAAGAUACUCAUCGUUGACGGAACCUUUAUUUCAAGUGACGCAGACUACUCCAAAUGGCUCUUAAAAUCCAUGGAUCAGGCCAGGGAACAGUUACAUUGUGAGUUCGUUGGUCUGGGCGGCCGGGAUGUCAUAGGACAGAUGAAUAAAGAAUAUGUAAAAGUCCCUCGAGGACGACAGCCGAGGCAUUAUCGAUUUCUAGUUCGGUACUUCGACAAGGAACUUGAUGGUGGUUACUUGGAGGUUGGUACCGGUGAGGUAAUGAUCAUUGCUCCUCGUCACCCUGACAACGGGGUCACGCCUCCAGCAGACACAAGUUGGGCCCAGUACACAGGAGAGGAACUGGAUACAACAUUGUGGGGUCCAGGACCAGUUCUAAAUGCGGAGGAUGUUGACCGCCUAACUUUCUGUUGUUGCGAAUCUUGUCAUUCAAGCUCGAAAAUUCUUCGCUGGAUUUCAGAUAAGCUGUGUGUGGGCUUCCCCCAUACCUCGACAGUCAACCAGUUUUUUACAUCGUCGCUUUUUACAGCAUAUCACCGUGAAGGAUAUCGCGCUUGCGUGGAGUCCGGCGCUGAGGAGUUCUUUACAGUUGACAAUUUUCGGAAAAUAUCUGUUCGGAAGACGAUUUGAGAUCUAGAAUUUUCGGAACAUUUUUCCCAAAAUUUCUUGCUUGUCUUCCUCUCCUAGGAUUUUCGAACAUCUAAAAAAUGGUAUAAUUGCCCAUUUUUAACCGAUUUUUACCCUAAAAGGGUCACCUACAAUUUUCGGGAGCCUUUUUUCUGGCUGAAAUUUUCGAAAAGGUAAGUUUUGAUCCCUAUAAUUUUCGAAUCACUAGACUUUCAGCUGGGAAAUCCGAACAGAUGAAAAAUGUUAGGGGAUAAAAAUAUGCCUAUAUCUACCGUUUUAAUACUAAAAUACGUUUAACAAUGCUAUGUCUAAGUGGUUUUGAACUAUAUUCUCGUUGGGUGCCCCUGAU